AUGGCGACUCUCGCAGAAAACCCGAUGCAACCAGUUGCCAACUAUGACCAAGAUCUCGACUCAUUCAUCAACUUCGAUCAGCUCACAUACACAUCCGACCCCUCCCGCUCAAAGGUGAUGGUCAGCCAACCCUCGGUCGCAAGCACCGAGUUCAGUGCCAGUGACGCCCGCAGUGCCAGCUUCGCUUCAAGUGGCCAGUCUCCCCUCGCAUUCCAGGCCCCAAGCCACCAGUAUGAUGAACACAGACAACAGACCGGUCUUCCACCUGGUGCUUUGUCCAUGUCCUACAGCCAGAUCCCGAUGGGCUUCAACAAUGGUCAAGGAUUUCCUGUGAACGCUGACGUGUAUGCUGGUCAUCACAUGAAGCGAGAGGACGCACAAUUCGACUUCAACACCGCACCAGGCCGUAACCCGUCGGAAAUGGAGAUCGAUCCCGAAAACAUGAAUCCCUCGCCAUAUUUCUACCCGGCAAACCCCGGGAACAAGAGCCAAUAUGUCGAUCCCAACGCCCUCGGAGGCCAUGAGCUGGUUCAGGCUGGUCCGUCCACACAGGUCGGUCGUAUGUACCCUGGCAUGCAUCAGCAGCAGGCUGCGAUGGCCAAGGCCCAGCAACAAAAGCAGAAUGAGAUGGUCCGCCCUCAGAUACAGCAGCGUCCGGAUCAAGUGCCCGAUGCUAUGCCUCAGGCCCGCGGUCCUCGCAACCCUGACCCCGUGGUUGAAGAGCUCCUUUCUAGCGGUAUGCCGCAGAUGGCCAAGGCCCGGAAGGAUGAGGCUGAUAUGGAUGAGGAUGAGCGUCUUCUGGCUAGCGAGGAGGGUAAGAAGCUCAGCAGCAAAGAGCGCCGCCAGUUGCGAAACAAGGUUUCCGCUCGCGCUUUCCGAUCUCGCCGCAAGGAAUACAUUGGUCAGCUCGAAAGCGAGCUCAACCCCAGCAGCAACCUCAACAGCAACCUCAGCAACAACAACCAGCCCAGCAGGCUGCACCCCCAGCCCAACAUGCAGGCUAUGCCCAAGGACACGAACGCCAACCGUGGCCAGGAGUUCCAGAUGCAGCAAAACCCCCAGGCCAAUAUGGUCAUGGUUCCCAACCACGGUAUGGACCCCUCCAGCAUGGCCAUGAACACCGCCGGCUGGAACUCGGGAAUCGACAUGAACUAUGGCAACACUCCCGUUUUUGCUGUGAUGGAGGUUCCCGAGGGCCCGGCCCUGGAUGCCGAAGUGUUGUCCGGAAAAUCCUCUUCCUUCAGCCUCCCCGAGAGCCCCAAGAAUGAGGCUCCUGUUGUCGACAGUCCCGCUAGCGACUCAACUAGUCAGUCUGAUAUUGGUGUCGCCAACCCUGAUGUCGAGAUUGAUGAGUCUGAUCCUGCAUUUGCUCUCUUUGUUGAUUCUCCUGCCCCCACCGCUGACAACACCUUUGAAGGUGUUUCGAACGAGAAGGCUGCCCAGUUCACACUCGUCGUUGACAACUCUGAGGUUAGCGAUUCGGCCAAGAGAACCUUCAAUGCCCUCUGCAACAGCAUUGACGCUGCCUUCGAGCGUGUCUCAGCUGUCACGUCCCACCUUCAGUGA